AUGGACGAUCCGGAAGCCGGAAAAAUUGAAGAGUAUCGGCCUGGGUAUCCUCGGUACACCGCACUUCUAUCUUCAAAUCUUGGCUGGCUGAUAUUUCGUCGAUUCGAUAAACUGAGGGCUCGAAUCCUCUUGCGAAAACAAGAUCAGUUAUCCGUACUGGAGCAUGAGUUAGACCAGAUUGACAAGCAAGAGACGUCUCUUCUCUUUCUUGGGAAGAACCGAUGCGACCAGAACCCAGGCCGGUUGUCUACCCUUUCAAAGAUCGAAGCGGCUCUGGCCGACUAUGAUGAACUCGUCGAAAGAACCAGUCGAAUUCUGAGCCUACAUUCUGCCGAUCGAAGGGACAUAACCAGCCUUCAAAAUUGGGUCCAGGGGACCGGCUGUCUAGCCAGAGAUGAAACAGCCUACCUCUCAUGCCGGAGGGAACUUGUCAGUCUAGCACCAGUGACAGACAGUGGGAUUCAACAACUCGAAACGUGGGUAGAAGAUAAAUUGGUCCGACUCUUGCAUAGGUUCCGAAGAACCGGAGCCCGCGAACUCUCUACCGAUCCGAAUGUGCAUAUAUAUAGGGGUCCCUGGGUCCGGCGGACUGCGAACGCUCUUUUAAUCGUCUUGGUAACCCUUCUCCUAAUGGUUCCGGUUAUGAUAUGCAAUCUCGUCAGCACUUUUUCGGUCCGAAUUAUCAUUAUUAUGGUGUUUACGGUUUCGUAUCUUCUUAUACUUUCCUGCUUAGCAAAGUCAAAGACGACGGAAUUGAUCCUCGCCGGGGCGACGUAUGCGACCGUUCUCAUUGUGUUCGUUUCUGGUACCAUCACAAUGCAAAGCUAA